GUCGACAAGGCAAUGUGAGCUCGUGAUGGUCGCAUGCUAUGUGACUUUGAUCCCAGUUGGUGGCAACAGGGCAGAGUUCUAUGGUCUCUAGGCGAACUCAAGUCAACGAUGCGGACGAUAGGUUGGUGGAAAUUUGUUCCCACGCCACAAAACGGACUCCAUGGGGCAAAAAGGCCAAGCAUUGAGGCGCUUCGGGGACGGGAAGUUAGCCGUCAGCUUCGCCAGCUGGUUGCCGGCAGCGUGACAGGCACAGUCCAGAUUUGUUGUAUCUGCCGACAGCGAAGAUCAGCUAAUGUGAUAAGGCGGCUUACCUGAAUCUUAUUUUAGUAUAUCGGGCGAAAGCCCUGGCUACCACGAUACGGAAAGCUCCACUCGCAUGACCAUGUGCAUGUUUGGAGCCGCGGUCAAGUUUGGUUAAUUGUGGCUUUAGAGCUUGCCCCAAGCCUUACAUCAGAUGGUGAUGCAGGUGUGCAUGGAAGUAUUGAGUCAAGGCAUAGGCUUUCUCCGGUCAACG